UCCGGCGGUUGACAAGUUGGAAACAUUUUGCCAAGGUGUCAGUCAGCGCCUGUUUCGAUUAGUGUUAAGUGAUGAAGCCUAUGGCGUUGAAGAAUGUUUCCAUCUGUCCUUGUGAAACAUAGACAGAAAUGAGUAAAGACGAUGCAUCGGUUGAAAUGGACCUGGCUUUUGGAUCAGCCAAGCCCUAUGGAUCCUCAAGAAGCAUUGUUAGGAGAAUAGCUACUAGUCUUCCUCUGAAGCCCUGCCCCAGAGUUCACUUCCAGCUUUAUCCAUAUAGUGAGGAUGCUGGUCUCCUGAUUGGUGCCAGGAGGCAGAACAGUUUGGUGGCCUCUCUGGCUGAUGUCUCCUGGAUCGACGGGGAGGAGGAGGAGGAGGAGGAUGCCAAAGACUUUUUUGGCAGACCCAGACCAGGGAUCCCACCAGGACUCCUGUUCCGAGCCCGGCAGCCUCACCCUCACCCUCAGUCUUUUAUCCGUCGGAAGUCACUACCAAGCCUGCAUCAGGAGCCUCCGGACCCUCAGGGGCCAACAGUCGCCAACAAUGAGGCGUUUCAGAAGAUCAGUGCACUGGAGACAGAACUUGCCAAACUGCGAGCUCAGAUAGCACAAAUUGUACUGGCCCAGGAAAAAAACACUCAGCCAGGCGCACCUCCACCUCCCCCUCCACCCUCUGGCACCCUGCCUCCCCCACCACCACCUCCCCCUCCUCCUCCUCCUCCUCCACCACCGCCGCUACCCCCAAGUCUCCAGCGGACAUUUUCUACCAUUGACUUGAUAAAAGAGCGCAGAGAGAAGAAGACAGACGGCCAGACAGUUCUUGAACAGAGGCUAACAGAGGUCCCGAGCAUGCUGGAUGUACUGAAAGACAUUGGCAAGGUCAAGCUGAGAUCAGUCAAAAGUCGUCCAGUGGAAGAUGAUGCCAAGUUGAAGUCCAACGAACCGAUUGAUGCUGCAUCUCUCAUCGCCGAGGCCUUGAAACGCAAGUUUGCCCACCGCUAUCGACACGACAGUGAGCGAGACGACGGGGAGGACUUCAAACUUCCUGUUCCAGAAGUGAAACCUAAAACCCAAUCCCCUAUGUUUGGGCAGCACAUGUUGAAACAAACUGGAAAAAGGAAGAUGCUUUGAAGAGAGGAUUCUGAAUAUGAUUCAGGUGUACUGUGGACACUGAAGUGCCUUAUCAACUUAUCUUUGAAUACCGGCUGUUUCAGUGGAAGGAGAAGGGAUUACGCCUCCACCUCUAAGUGUCAGUCAUCUUAUAGUGUUGUAUUCAGUGAUCAUUUUGACCAUCUGUUUUUGCACUUUUAUAACUUAUGUUAGCCUUCAGUUUUCCAUUUUAUAUUUCGUUUGAAUGUCUUUGUUUAUGUGUUGAAAAGACAAAAGUUCACUACUUUACGCUCACGAGUUAGGCUUGACCCCAUGUUUGAGCAACACUUUUGAGCAGUAGUUUUUAUAUUAUCUUCAAUCAUAGUUGCACAAAGCAUCAUUGGUCAGCUGUUCAUUCCCAGUUUGUAGGUGUCCAUGAAAUCAGAAGAAGCACUUUCUUACUCGUGGAAUAGUGUGCUGUGUUGUUUAGUUUAUAUUUUUGUGAAGACUUGUAGAUUAAUUUAUGAUCAGGAUGUCUUUAUUUAUGUUGAAGUAGAUCAUUAUGAUUUUAACAGGUAAUUAUGCUGUAGAUUUGUCUGUUCAUAAUUAAAGGUUUUAAAUAAUUCUCCGUAUUUUCCAUAGUUUGUGUAACUAUAGUUGGAGUUGCCAGUCUUGCCAGGGUCUUAUACUGGUCAGAGCCAAAGACAUUCCAGGGAUGUGACAUUUAGCCUUUCAGUGCCAGCAGUUACCUUUUUUUAUUUUGCCAAUCAGGAUGGUGCUAUAAUCAUGCGGAAACAGAUUCAGUAUCAGAUCAGCAGAGUUCAUAUAUCUAGUUUAUCACAGGUGCAAUGUUUUGUUGCUUUAUCGGUACAUCUUUAACAAGGAUUACCUUUAGUCACAGAGUAGCUCUCCCAGAACGUUUGUUUCCCAGAUUAACAUCAGCAUAGCAGUGACACAUUUUUGUAGUAAACUCUGUGUAACCAACAUUUCAGUCCAAGGGCACCCCCGUUGUCAGUAUCCCAAAGUUCUCUACUAUGCUUUGGUGCCAGUGAUCAUAUUUUAAUGCUCAGUUUGUAAUUGUGUCUAGGAACAUAUCAUAUCAUAAGAGUGUUGCAGGCAUUAUUUUGUUGAAAGUGACUGCACUCUGUCUCCACUUCUAAAGUGUAGUAGCUGCUACCAGAUUUGUGUUACCGUUUGUAAACAAGGGAAGGUGGAAGACUUGUGUCUGUGGUAAUAAAGUGAUUCAAAGUUACGAUUCAAGAGUUGUCUUUGAGAGAUGCUGUAAAAUCUCCCAAUAAAAAGUUAAUGGUU